GGCCAGUGCUGUCUUUUAGUCCAACCAUUAAACCCGCCCACGACGGAAAGGCUUUGCUGGGGAAAUAUCGCAAACACUUGCUGUUCAUGCUGCUUCAAUUUUCGCAUCAGCGCCAACCAUGAGCGUAGUUUCCGACCAUGCCUUUCCUCUCUCCCAACUCGCUCGCUGCCCUGGUCGAAUCGGCCAUUUCGACCUGCUCGUCUUUAAUUGGCCGAGCCGCCCAUGCCCAGAUUAUCAAGACCCUCGAUACCCCAUUGCCAUCAUUCCUCUCCAACCAUCUUGUCAACAUGUACUCCAAACUCGACCUCCCCAACUCGGCACAGCUCGUUCUCUCGCUCACCCCAUCCCGCACAGUCGUCACUUGGACAUCCCUUAUUGCUGGGUCCGUCCAAAAUGGUCGCUUUGCUUCUGCUCUACUUCAUUUUGUUAACAUGCGCCGUGAGUGUAUUCAACCCAAUGACUUCACCUUCCCUUGCGCCUUCAAGGCCUCUGCUUCGCUUCGUAUGUCUGGUACUGGAAAACAGGUUCAUGCCGUUGCGGUUAAGACUGGUCAGAUACGUGAUGUUUUUGUUGGUUGUAGUGCUUUUGACAUGUAUUGCAAAACGGGUAUUCGGGAUGAAGCUAAUAAAAUGUUUGACGAAAUGCCCGAAAGAAAUCUUGCUACGUGGAAUGCUUAUAUAUCCAAUACUGUGCUUGAUGGACGGCCAAAAAUUGCAAUUGAGAAGUUUAUUGAGUUUGUUCGUGCGGGUGGGGAGCCUAAUUCGAUUACAUUCUGUGCUUUUUUAAAUGCAUGUUCAGACAUUUCAGAUUUGGAGUUGGGGCGUCAGCUACAUGGGUUUGUGAUUCGAUGUGGGUUUGGGAAAGAUGUGUCAGUCAUGAAUGGGCUUAUUGAUUUUUAUGGGAAGUGUAGGGAGGUUGGAUCUUCUCAGACGGUUUUUGAUAGUAUUAGUUUGCGGAAUGAUGUUUCUUGGUGCUCUAUGGUAGCAGUGUAUGUACAAAACGAUGAGGAAGAGAGAGCUUGUGGGGUCUUUUUGCAGGCAAGAAAAGAAGGAAUUGAGCCAACUGAUUUCAUGGUUUCUAGUGUUCUAAGUGCUUGUGCUGGGAUGGCAGGGUUUGAAUUGGGUAGGUCAGUCCAUGCACUUGCCUUGAAAGCCUGCGUUGAGGGAAAUAUCUUUGUUGGGAGUGCACUUGUUGACAUGUAUGGAAAAUGUGGGAGUAUAGAUGACUGUGAACAAGCCUUUGAAGAGAUGCCGGAAAAGAACUUAAUCACUUGGAAUGCGAUGUUAUGUGGCUAUGCACAUCAAGGGCAUGCUGACAUGGCUUUGACUUUGUUUGAGGAAAUAAGUUCUGGCAGCCAUGGUAUUAGACCGAAUUAUGUAACACUAGUAUGUGUAUUGUCAGCUUGCAGUAGAGCAGGCAUGGUAAAAAAGGGUAUAGAGAUAUUUGGGUCAAUGAGAGUGAAGUAUGGGAUUGAACCAGGGGCAGAGCAUUAUGCAUGUGUUGUGGACUUGCUAGGUCGAGCUGGGAUGGUAGAGCAUGCCUACGAGUUCAUCAAGAAGAUGCCAAUUUGUCCAACGAUUUCAAUUUGGGGGGCUCUUCUAGGAGCAUGUAGAGUGUACAGGAAACCAGAUAUAGGGAAGAUUGCAGCGGAUCAUUUAUUUGAACUUGAUCCCAAAGACUCUGGCAAUCAUGUUGUGCUUUCAAACAUGUUUGCUUCUGCUGGCAGGUGGGAAGAAGCCACUCUUGUGAGAAAGGAGAUGAAAGAUGUUGGAAUCAAGAAAGGUGCUGGCUGCAGUUGGGUUGCUGUAAAGAAUGCAGUCCACGUCUUCCAAGCAAAAGAUACCUUCCAUGAAAGGAACUCAGAGAUUCAAGCAAUGUUAUCUAAACUAAGGAGGGAAAUGAAAGAGGCUGGUUAUGUUCCUGAUACCGAUUUUGCUCUUUUUGAUUUAGAGGAAGAAGAGAAGAUAUCAGAAGUUUGGUACCACAGUGAGAAGAUUGCCCUGGCCUUUGGCCUCAUUGCUAUUCCUUCUGGAGUACCCAUAAGGAUCACAAAAAACCUUAGAAUAUGUGGAGAUUGCCACAGUGCCAUUAAGUUCAUCUCAGGCAUUGUAGGCAGAGAAAUCAUCGUGAGAGAUAACAACCGGUUCCACUGCUUUAAAGAGGGUCGGUGCUCUUGUAAAGAUUAUUGGUGAGAAGAUGAAUUUUUGCCUCAUCAUUUUUUUUAAUCAGUUUUAAUAUAAGCUGGAAUCAAUCCCUUAUCAUUAUUAAAGGGAUUGAUUCCCAAUCCCAAUUUUGAAGUACAGAACAAAUUUGCAAUAUGUCAGAAUUUACUGUUUUGAAAUGCCAAACUGUUAGGAAAUCUACACUAUCUACCAAAUUACCAUAAAAAAAAAAGAAA